AUGGUUGAUUGGAGGAAGCACGAAUACUUGGCCUUGUGCGGCUUGCGCGCCUUCCCACAGCAGCAGCUGCGGAAAUUGCUGAUUGCCCUACAAGAUUCAUCGUUGCCUUUGACACAUGCACCCGUACACCAUCUUCUACGGCAGCUCUUGUACCAUGUUGGUCCGGCUGAAGAUGGUGAACUGCAGUGGAAACGUGACAUUCCAGGGCUGAUGAACGAAUUCAAGGAGGUCUUUGUGACAUUGGCAGAGGAAUUUUCGGCCAAGCCAAGAGCUCAUGAGGCGCUGCCAGCUUUGGUGGAUCUCCUCAAUUACUUCAUCCAAUGGGAAUCAUGUGAUCCUUUGGCCACCUUAUCUCUGAUCAGUGGAUGUUGCCAGUUGUCUGAGACGGCCCUGAAGUGGGCCAAGGAGGCUUUGUCGGACAUGACAGGCCUUCAAUCUGAUCGUCAAGAUGCCUUGGUGGCGAAGGUGAAGCUCUUUGGGCUUUAUGCGGCCCUUUGCACCCCCCAAUCUACCCUGAGGAUCGAAGAUGCCCAGCGCUUGCUUGUCGGCUUGGUUUAUGCUCAAAACAGCAUAGCCUUCAAGGUUCAAACAGCCGAAGAAAAAGAUAUGUUGAAGGGUCUGCGUUGUCGGGUGGAUGCCGUUGCCGUCCAGAAGCUUGCAGAAGUCAUGAACUUUGCCAAAAGCUCCGAUGAGUUCAUCACAACAGGUGUAUCAGCCACCCUGGAGCAUGUGCCAGAAACACUGCAAUGGGAGCAAGUUGGUACAACACCAUGUUUUCAUGCAGAAGAUCAGGGUCACCUGUACAGCAUCAACUUGUUGACCGGCGUUGUGCUCUUGGACGGUUAUCCCCCUCGCCGCAUCCCGGCGACCAUCGCUCACCACCGCCUCUUCCGACGCUGCUUUGGCGAUGCCGUCUUUGAGGUCAGCAUGGACAGCUCGGGAACCUUCAAGACAGCAAGGCCAGUGGACGGAUGUUUCUAUGAGUUCCAAGAGCUCUCGGCUGGCCAGUUGCGUAUCUCGGAGCUGAAGGAUGGCCGUUCUCUCCAACUGGUGCCCAAAGAACGCCUAGAGAAAUUUCCACGGCGUUUGAUCGAGCUCUACAGCCAUUGGAGGGAUGAAGAACGCAAUGUGAUCCUGUUUCGUCCCAUCUAUUUCCGUGAAAAGUCGAUUCAUUUCAUCUAUGAGCCGAGUCAAGAGACAGAUCAAGAUGGCACCUAUGGUGUUUGCCGCCAAAUCCCGUUGCUGAUGCACCAAGAUAUUGUGCACCAACUUGUCAAUGAAGAUGCUCCAGUGAUGAACAUCCUGCACAAGUUUGAGGAUCGAGAAUUUAUUCACCAAUACAUUCAAUGCAAAGGUGGCUGUGGGGAGAAUGAAAUUGAACAACUGGAGCUUCCGCGUGUGAACAUGGUCUUUACUCGGAAGAAUGGCCAGUGGAUGUGCAGAGACUAUCGCGGCUAUUGUUUGGCCGACGAUCAGAAGUUGAGCGACACAUUGGUCGACUUUGAUUCCUACUUGGUUUUGAAGAGAGUGGAUCCAAAUGCCUGGUACUGA